CACCACUCCGCAGCCUCUCGAGCACAAUUUCUCUCCUUCUCAUAGUGCCAUAUCACUUCCCUCCAAUUGACCCUCUCCUAGCUACAAUCCACCGUAACGCCCUAUCUCACCAUGCGUGCCCCACUCUCACCCUUGGCCCGCUCCGAACCCCUCCUUCCCACCUUGCCCAGUUCAACGCCUUCGACAUUCUGCACCAACACAACGCUGACCAAACACAUCGUCCCUGCCGGCCACGGCCACGCCUUCUCCGUCCAGCGUGGGUCUCGCUUCCGCAUCAUCGAUCUCUAUGGUGAACAAGUCGUCGACUUCAUGGCCUGGGUGAACUCUAGCCCCUUUACCCUCCUCGAAAAAAUGAGUACCGCAUACACGCGUUACCAUCUCUCGGGCGUGCAGCCCAGUAUCGGAGAAUGUCUGUGGACCAACGCCGACCGCCCGAUUCUGCGCGUCACUGCAGACACAGUCAAAGUCCACGAUAUGACCUUCAUGUCGUGCUAUCCCUCUUUAUAUACCAAGAAAGGGUUGAAGGGGCAUCGGUCAUGUGCGCAGAAUAUUUUCGAGGCAAUGAACGAGGGUGGCUGGGCGAUGCAGAAUAUCUUGGAGAUCGCGGAACCGUUUAAUUGUUUUCAAAAUACACCGAAUUAUAGCUUGAAGAGGUUAGGAAGUAGCAAGCCUGGGGAUUAUAUCGAGUUUGAGGCGUUGCAGGAUGUGGUUUGUGCGGUGAGUAGCUGUCCGUACGAUUUGGGAGGGUUUAACGGUGGGUGCAUUACGGAUGUCGCGGUCGUGGUUGCAGAGAAGAAGCGGGAUGCACUGACGUGAGGGGGGUGAUCAAGCGUAGUCUUUCAUUACACCCCUCCUUGAACAGAACUUCCCUCUCUUGGCGACCCACACCGCUAUCCAGCUAAUCUAAGGUACGCAAGCCCAAGCAAUGCAGCAGCCAUGGUUCGCUUUCAGCACAUGCCGUCAACGUGGCAUCCGUAUGGUUGACGACAAAUCAACACUUCCGCGACUACUCCUAAAUCGAG